UGAGACAAUUCAGUUUGAAAUUUAAUUAUGUCGCUUUUCUUUGAAUUGUGCAGACUGUGCUUGACAAAUUGUAGUUCCAACUGUAAUGGGGUGAUAAUCUAUGAGAAUGACGAGAUCAGACGACAAAAAAUAAAGGACUGCCUGCCUAUUACUAUUCCAGAUAUAUUUCAAAUUUGCAGUAAUUGUGAUGGAAAGUUGAACUGUUUCUAUCAAUUUAGACUAGAUUCCGUGAGAUGCCAACAUGAAUUUAAUGAUAUCCUUAAAUCAGUUCAGCCACCGCAGAAUGUACAGUAUGAGCAAGAGUAUUACAUACCAAUGAAUGAACAGAAUAUGUAUAUACAACAUCCAACACAAACAAAUGAACUCCAAGAGGAUUAUCAUUAUAUGGCACACGAACUUCAUUUAGCAUUAGAAGAUAAUCAGAAUGAUAAUAAUUCAUUAAUUUCAUUGCCUGCCAAUAUUUAUGAGCAAAUGCAAACACCAAACAAUUCAGAACAUCAUAUUCACAAUGAAGAAUUCGAUCAGACAUCACAAUUAAUUGAUAAUCAGCCACAAGAGAUAAUUGAAGUUCCUAAAAUUGAAAGUCCAGAACAUUGUGUAAUAUCAAUAGAGCAACAAAAUAAUGAUCAGUCUGAAAAUAUCCUUCAUAAUGACGAUUUCACGUAUGAUGAUUUUGACGAAUCCUGUCAGUCAUUUCCGAGUGAUCGAAAUAAUAUAGAUAAUGCUAUUGAGAAGAAAAUAGAAGAAUUUAUUCAAAAUAAGAGAAAUAAGGCGAAUCCAAAGAUCUGUACAGUAUGUAAUAAAUUAUUUAGGACCAAUUAUAAAUUAAGAGAACAUAUGCAGACCCACGAAAAUAAUCCAAAAUUUAUCUGCAACUAUCCAGAUUGCAAUAAGAGCUUUAAAUCAAAAAUAGGACUUAAGGAGCAUGCUGCUAAACAUACUGGACAAUACAGUUAUUCCUGUGAAACCUGUGAUAAGAAAUUUUUACUUCGUUCCUACUAUUUAGCCCAUCAAAAGAUUCAUUCAAAUGUCAAAAACUUUGCAUGCUCAAUGUGCUCUAAAACGUUCAAAAAUAAGCAGAACCUUGUGAAUCACGAGAAUUUCCAUUAUGGACUUAAAUUGUUUAUUUGUGAAAUCUGUCAAAAGUCUUUUACUACAAAAACGAAUUUGGAUGUACAUAUGAAAUCAUCGCAUACUCAAGUUGAACAGUUUGAAUGCAAUGUAUGUAAAAAAUAUUUCAAGACAAGAGCGUAUCUUAAAGUCCAUCAAAAGACGCAUUUCAAAGAGCUUCAAAAUUAUGCUUGCAAGAUCUGCUCAAAAACUUUUAUUCAACUCUGUGAUCUCAAAAUUCACCAAAAAACUCAUACGAAUCAAAAGGACUUUGUCUGUGAAGUCUGCGGCGAGUCAUUUACAAGAAAAGAUUCUCUGAAGCUUCACGUAUCGUCAGUUCACGAUAAAGACUGCAUUUUUAACUGUGAGUUUUGUCAAAAGACUUUUACAAGGAAGAACUCACUUAAUCAGCAUCGAAAGAAAUGUAUUAAUAGCGCAAAUGCUGUGAAAUUUUAGAAUAAAAAAGAAUCUCAUUUAUUUAUUCAAUGCAAUGGCAGA